AAGUCUUCUUUUUCAUAUCCGGUCUGAUAUCUACCUUAUAUACCCCAUCAUCCCCGGACCCGGUAACUGUCCUACAACUCCCUCGACUUCCAACUCGUCGUUUACCUUUCCACCAAACAACCAGCUCGGAAGUGCAAUUCGAAAAAGACUUGGACUUGGAUCGCGGUGGUGGAAAAAGUAACAUGGGAUUGGCCAACCAAACGAGCACAACAGAACACUCAUCCCUACGACGACUGGAGCAGGCUGAUUGGACUCGGUGAUCUUCCCGCGCAGCAAACAUGGCUCCCCCAUCUGCCGCAGAGCACUAUCUUGAGCAACCCACGUAUGAUGAUCCUCCUGAGAACGGCUCAUACGAGAAAAGUCAAAACGAACCUCAAGAACAUGACGAUAACCCACCAGGUGGAUUCGACCCAACUCCACUCCCCGACGCUCCUCCCGGAUAUACCAUCAAAAUCACCUUCCACAAGGCCAUCAACCUCCCAGUGGCCGAUAUUCAGACAGUAUCCGCCGAUCCAUACAUACAUGCCACGCUGACUGCUGAUGUCCCGAAGCGACACCCGGAAGACCCUCCUCUCACACGAAGGACGCGGACUAUACAUCGGAGUCUCGAGCCGGUAUGGGAGGAAGACUGGAUUGUUGCCAAUGUGCCAGCUACAGGAUUCGAACUCAAGUGCCGCCUAUACGACGAGGACUGGCCAGACCAUGAUGACCGACUGGGCAAUGUUACCAUCAGGGUAGAUCACCUAGACGAGGACUGGCCGGGAUUCGGACUGGAUGGCAAGUUCUUCGAAGUCAGGAAGCGUUCGGGCAGCAAACGGGCAUAUUUCCACAAGGGCAUCGAGGCCUUCAUGCAUGGACUGAAAUGGACAACACCUCAGAUACACAUCAGCGUUAAUGUCCUCGGCGUCUCGGACCCCCCUCAUGCUCAGAUGUGCACUCUGGGUCCUACCUAUUGGGUCAAGCACUUCAGUCCCAUGAUUGGGCGGCUGACCGGUGUGACGGCCGGUGAUGAGAGCGAUGACAACAGCAAGAUGCCACAGAAAUACGACUUCCAAGCCAACGAAAUCCAACUUGCUGGGCCAGUUCCCCCGAAACUAUACCACCGAUUCGUUGAGUUCCGCCCCAUCAUCGGCAAGAUGUUUUCGCAAAAAGGUUUCAGGGGCCACGUCCUGAACAAAGUUCUUCACAAGCAACACAGGCGGAUCUACAAUUACGACUCCAGUACCGAACACGGCAUAUUCGCAGAAUGCAGCAAGGAAGCAUCCGUGCAGUUUCUCAAGAUGGCGCACUAUGCGGAAGGAGGUCGCAUCUUCACCUACGUGCUCACCUUGGACGGCUUGCUGCGCUUCACCGAAACUGGCAAGGAGUUCGGUAUUGAUCUACUGAGCAAGCACACCAUGCACUCAGACGUGGCGACGUAUAUCGCUUGUUCGGGCGAGUUUUUCAUCAGACGUAUCGCCAAGCACCACAAGCCCCAUCACAACAACAACUGCGACAACGGUCUCAGUCACGAGACGCACGACCACCCAGGCGCAUCCGAGUCCUCUCGAGACCCGGAAGACUAUGAGCUCAUCAUCGACAACGACAGCGGCACCUACCGGCCAGACAAGUGCGUCCUGCCCGACCUGCAGGCGUUCCUCCAGCGGCAGUUCCCGGGUCUGCACAUUCGGGCCUUGGACUGCGGCGACGAGGAGCACCAGAAGGCCAAGAAGGAGCAGCUGGAGAUCAAGAAGAAGGAGGGUCCCAAGGUCCGGAUGGUGCUGAACCGCAGCCCGAGCUCGAGCAGUUUUAGCUCGGACGACGAGAGUCGCCUGGGAGACCUGGAUUCGUUGGAUGAUGAUGCGCCGAGGUACAAGAGCAAGAAGGAGAGGGCGUUCGACAUGGUGGAGGAUCCGAGCACGUGGAGGAAUUGGGUUCCCGGUAUGAACAGCGGCGGGCACGGGCACACGGAGCACGCGAGUGGGAGUGGGAAUGGGAAUGGGAAUGCUGAAGGAAGCGGAGUGACCAAGACGGUUUAGGGAUCUGUCUCGGCUGUUUUUCGCAAGUGAUACCAUGAUAUAAGAGUAUGAGUUUGGAGCGGUGAUGGAUCAUGUUUAGUGACGAGUAUAAUGGAAUAGAUUCGAAAGAGGGUGGUUAUAUAUCUUUCAGCAACUCAUACUGCAGGCCCAAAGGUGCUUAGCUUCUGUUAGCUGGCUGGCUGGGUUUUGCCGUUGGAUAGGCGUUUAUGGGCUUUGGAGCAAGGCGGACUCGUUGCGUUAUGAUAUACCGAAGAACAACGUUAACCAUUACGAAAAGGAUUUGUUAUUCUG